AUGUCGGUCCCAAGCACCGAAAUUUCCAGCCAUGCUAAGAGCAUCAAGGUUGUCAUUGUCGGCGCCGGCUCUGUCGGUGUUACAACCGCGUAUGCGCUCCUUCUCAGCCACCUGGCUCCCGAGAUUGUUCUCAUCGACAUUGACAAGAACCGCGCCCUCGGCGAGGCCAUGGACCUUUCUCACGCUGCGCACUACGCGCACGCCAAAGUCAGCGUUGGCAAUUACGAGGACUGCGCCGGUGCCACGGCCGUCAUCAUCACUGCCGGCGUCAACCAGAAGCCCGGCCAGACCCGUAUGGACUUAGUCAAGACCAACUUUGGGCUCUUCGAGAAAAUCGUGCCGCAGAUCGCCAAGCACGCCCCUAACACCAUCUUAAUCGUGGCUACCAACCCCUGCGAUGUCCUCACCAAGGCCGCCCAGGAGCUCAGCGGCUUCCCUGUCCAGCGCGUCAUUGGCUCCGGAACCGCGAUGGACACUACUCGUUUCCGCCACGAGCUUGGCAAGCACUAUGGCGUCAACCCCCGCAACGUCCACGCCGUCAUCGUCGGCGAGCACGGCGAUAGCCAGCUCCCUGUUUGGUCCCUCGCCACCAUCGCUGGCAUGCGCCUCGAGGAUUAUUGCAAUCAGAAGGGCAUUGCAUACGACGAGAAGGCUAUGGACGCCCUGGGCAAGCGCACUCGCGAGGCGGCCUACGAAAUCAUUCAGCGCAAGGGCAAGACCAAUUACGGCGUCGCCAGCGUGCUGGUCAGUAUCCUUGAGCCCAUCAUCACUAAUGCCGAUCAGCUCGUUACUGUCUCCAGAGUCGGCAACUACGCUGGUGUCGAGGGUGUCGCCUUGAGCAUGCCGUGCAAGCUCAACAGCCUGGGCGCCCACCAGGAUGUCGAGCUGCUUCUGAACGACAAGGAGAAGGAGGCGCUGCGCAAGAGCGCUACCAGCAUCAAGGAGUGUUUCGACAGCGUUGCCAAGAAGGAGUAG